AUUUAAGGAAACCGGAAGUGCCAUGUUCGGACUGCAGAGAUUUAGCAGCUCGGUUGAAGAAGAAGACGGAGAAUUAGAAGAGGCGCUCGGAUUGGUCAUGUUGUAAUUUUCUCAACUUUAGGUUGCUGGUAACUUUUUAAAACAACCGAAAUUGAUUGUUUUGAACAGUUUUUGUUGAUAUCCGUGAGAAAAGAAAAGAAAAGAAAUGGACGGAGAGUGCGAGUUGUAACGCUGUAACGUCACCCAGCAGAUUUGGUUUUUGUCCCGUCAACAGUUUUGUUUGUCGUAAUUCUGUCGUGGUUAUGUUGUUCAUGUUCUCGCGCACCGCUUCGUGAGCGUGUCGUAAACGAGUUUUAUUAUUGUUGUUGUUGUUAUUUUAUUAAUUCGGUGUCGCGAGUGAACCAUGAACGGGAAGUCAGCGAACGGUGCGGCGAGCGGAGCUCCGGCCUGUAUUGAGGGUCUGCCGCCGCUGCCGAAGAGCCUGAGCGGCCUGCUGAACUCGAGCGGCGGAUCGUGGAGGGAGAUCGAGAGGAUGCACGCAAAGAAGGCCAUGAUCCAGGACGACCUGAGGAGAGGAGCGGCUCCGGUGGACCGGGCUCUCGCCUCCAAACCGGCCAACCUGGACGCGGCGCUGGCUCUGCUCCGGAAAGAGAUGGUGGGUUUGCGGCAGCAGGACAUGUCCCUCCUAUGCCAGCUCUGGUCCCUGCACGAGUCCAUCCAGGAGUACAAGGGCAGCUGUCAGGAGGCCGGCCCGGGGACCGACGCCAUGGACAACGGCUUCUUCGACGAGGACGACGAGUUCUACACGGACUCCGGAGUCACGCCCACAGAGACGCCGGAGGAGAGCGAGGCAUCACCGGCACGCAACGGGACGUCCGAGGACACGUGGAUGCACGAGUCAUUCCGCAUCGCGCUAUGAGAAUCCGAAGCCUCUUCCUUCUUCGUUAAAAGAUCAAGGGGCGGAGCCUUGACGCUGCUUGGGGUUUUUUUGUUUUGUUUUUUUCAUUUCUUAAUCGCCAGCAGACUUUUUUUCCUUUUUAUAAACAUAUAAACCAAGAUUAUUUAUUAACUAUAUAAUACAGUAUAUAGCCAUUUUUCUGGACGUUUUAGAAUUUUAUAGGACUUUAUAUAUGAGGGAAGGGGGCGGGGCAUAUCUAUAUAGUAUUCACAUUUAUGCUAAAAAAUUGCGCGGCUCUUGUUUUUGCCAGCUGAAUUCUGAUCGUAGGCGAGUUUCAUGACGGCAGCGCCAUCGGAAAUCCAGCAAUCCGGGUUUCGGAUCAAAUCUUUGGUCUUGAGGCGACGGGAAUAAAUCUAACGCUGGAAAGAGGAACCGCGACCCACAUUCAUUCCAUGCAUCUAUCCGUUUAUCCGAUCCGUUUAAUCCAGGCUUUCAUCUGGUCGUUCGAGGACUCAGCGGCUCGGCUCGGCUCUGGGAUUUGAACUCGCGACCUCUGCUGCUUGGGUAACGCGUAUAUAUUUAAAUCCAGGCGUGCACGGCGCACGGUUCUCCUCCCACCCACCACGAGCAGCUUUUAGUCAGCAGACGAACUUCGAAACGAAUCAGCCAUUCGAUUCAGUAAAAAAAAAAGCGAUUCAUUUCACAAUCUACCCACGAAUUCAUACACUUCUUAUCAUUUUUUUUUCUUUCCAGAAAUAUUCCAUGGGAAGACGCUAGAAAGUAGUACGCGAUCAUGAUUAACGACACUUAUGCAUAUUAAUAAGGGUGCUAGCAUGAAGUCUUCCUGAGGUGUAAUUAUUAGCGCGUGACGCCUUAAUCACAUCGCUUACGUUAAUCACGUCCACGUGAUAGGAACGCGCAAACCAAAGACGAGCGUUUUGCGUUCAUAACGCGGCACGUGUUCGAUGACGGUCCUUCGUAACGGAGCUGGGCGGUAAGUAGUUUCGACGCAGAUAACGAUUAUUCGACGGAAAACUAGGAAGAAUUUGUAUACAGACUUGCACAAGAUCAUAGUAUAGAAAUUCCCGUUUUUAAAAAAAAAAACUGAUUUAAAAAUUUAUUUGUGAAUAUGAAAUAGUUUCUCGAUUAAAAAUUAAUCGCAGGACUGAAAACGAAUGCACGUGCGUUUCAACGACGCUGUUCAGACACUUUAAGAACAUAAAGCCGAGGGAAAACCCCUGGAAAGAGGAACCCGCGCGCUAGACCAGGCUCGUACUGUUUCUUUAUGAAGGUGUCCUUAGUCCCGCCUCUUCUCCGUGUUGAUUGGCUGCAAGGCUUUUAACCCCUAACCAAUCCGAACGGUUUCCGUUCUAAUGGAAGUAAUCUGACUCGUCGAGUAACGAGUUUUAUCGCCCAGCUCUUAUCAACAUUGUUUGUUUGUAUUGUCGACGUCCGUUCGAUUCCGUUUAUAAUUUCCGUUCGGCGCCGCGCGAGGACGCGACGCGACGCGACGCGACGCGACGCGACGCCGGUCGUCCUCAAACAAGCCUCGAGCAGGCGUGUGCUGAUAAAAACGUUUUAAACCUGUCGUUACAUCGGUUUAUCGUCUUAGUUUACUUCCGACAUUGUUACAACGUUGUUUAAGAUUCUAAUCGCUGUCCAUCAUGGUUUUAGCGCAUAGAAUUUACUAGAGUUCGUUUUAUUUAUUUAUUUUUUUAAAAAUAAAUAAUCACCGUGAAUUUUUUUUAAAAAUGGUGCUAGUUUUUUAAUUAAACACACUUUACGGUAAUGAUAAGCCUAAAAUAUUAUAUUCGUACAGAUUCAGUAAUUACAUGGCGGUUGGGUCGAAUCACACAUAGAAGCUAAAAGGAAUUUUUUUUUUUUUUUUAAACAAAUAAAAUCACAUGAAGGUGGAAAAAGUAGCAUUAUUUGUUCCGUAAAUGAAUUUUUCCUCUUUUAUUAUAAUUUUUUUUAAAGCCACACUGUUUGGAUCAUAUCCUCUAUAGAUGGUAUAAAUAAAUUAAUAAAUAAACAACUAGCAUCAUUUUCUAUUUUUUCCCCCCGUGCAUAUAAUGUUUCAGAUUUAUUAAAUUUUCCUUUUUUUUUUUUUUUUUUCUUCUACAAUUACAAUUUGUUUCGAUCAUAUCCGCUAGAAGCCUGGGAAAAAAAUUUAACGAACAAAAUCACGGGAAGACGAAAAGCUAGCAUAAAUUUUAAAUAUAUAUAAAAAAAAAUAAACAAAUAAAAUCACAGAAACUAGCAUAAAUUAAAAAAAAAUAUUAAAAAAGUAAACAAAUAAAAUCAGAGAAACUAGCAUAAAUAAAAAAA